GCGAUCUUUCACAACCCAACGGGCGCGUACCAUGACCGACGCCGCAGUACCGCUCAUCGAGCCCGGUGUGGACAGCAAUGGAAUCAAGACUGGGGACUGGAAAGCUUCAAUCUUUGGCUGCUGUGACACGUUUGUGCCCAAUGCCCUGAUGACAUUCGUGUGUCCGUGUGUGACGCUAUCUCAAGUCCUGGCGCGCCUUGGGUCGUUGAAAUACACAACUGCCCUCAUGACGACGUACGCCCUCGCAGUAUUCUUCGUUGUAGCUGGCUGGUUGAACCGUCGGUGGAUCAAUGGGAUCGCGGCCGUUCUCGCAAUUGGCCUUGUCAUUUUCAAGUGGAACUUGCGCAUGAACAUCCGUAGGAUGUUUGCAAUCCCUGGUGCGUGGUGGGAAGAUGCUCUGUGCACCGUCUUUUGUAGCUGCUGCUCGUUGGCUCAAAUCGCGACCCACGUCGAAAGUUACAACCCUGGAGCGUGCUCGUUCGAGGCCAAGGCGACGCUCCAAGGCUAUCGUCUUUAAUCCUGUACCAAUCGCCAUGUCGUUGCAAUCGUGACCGUGUGCCUUCUCCGCCGUGACCAAGCAUACGUAUUGGGGACCGUUCUCGGUUUUUGAUUUCGCUCACGCUUCAAGACCGGAGCAGGUAGUUCUUAAAGUCAACGAAUCCUUUUGUGUGUA